AUGUUCUUGCUUGGAACAAUACUACAUCCACUGUUCCAGGUGUCCAAUAAGGAGCAUGCAGACUCGUGCUGCAAGCUCAACGAUGGCAGCUUCGUCGAAUAUCAAUCACAGACACACUUCUGCUGCAAUGGUGCCAUCCCAAAAGGUGCCGGGCUUGCCUGCUGUUACUUGUCGAUCGACGGCGGGAUAAGGGCCGAGCCCUACAACACUGAUAUCCAUUGCUGCCGACAUCCCUAUGACAUACUUUAUCCUAAGAUUAAUGGUACUUGCACAGAACAAUCAUAG